GAGUCGACCAGCCGAAGUCAUCGGGACUGAGGGAAGACUUUACCGCCGCCGCCGCCGACGCUCCCCUCCCGUCCGGUUCUAAACGGAUCAUUUGACCAGAUAACAGACGAGUUUCUCGCGGAAUCGCCGGAUUCCUAACGGCUGCGGAUUCGCUCGUUACUUUCUUCUCUCGGCGGCGCCCACAGUGUUGGUUACCCCGCGGCUGGCGGCUAGCAUCGGUUACUGCGGCUAAAUAUGGUGGCCUGUAGGCGAGAGGGGGAAACGAGCACCGUUUGGGGAUUUUAGAGGAUUUUUAAAGGCACUCGGACGGUUCUCCCAGUGAAACGCCGCUGCUGUGGACACGCUGCUGCCCUCCGUCGGGUUUUCUCCGGAGGUGUGUGGACUUCGACGUGAGGCUGCCUUUCUGUUUACGCUGAAACCGACAACAGACCCACAGCGGCGGCAGCAGCAGCAGCAGCACCGUCCGUGCUCCGUGGACCGUGGAUAAUUGUACUUCACUUCAGAAGUUGUCACCAGACCGCCUCAAAGUUUCUCAUCUGAUUUGGAAAAGUUGCUAAACCUUCGCUCACGACUGAAAAAACGUGUCAAGUAGCGACACGGGUUAGUUUUAUGACCGUUGUGUUUAUAUUACGGAUGACUUGACACUCGCAUUGAGAUGAACUGGAGCACAAGUGCAGCCUCCUGCAGCCCUUUUAUCCACUGAGACAGUUUCCUUUAACGGUCCCUCCUGUCUCUGUGGACUCAGUAUCGAUCUGUGGAUUAGUAUGGAUUAUUAUUCCCUCAUCCAAACCGCGCCAGGCCGAGAAUUUUGGGAAUAACUUCCGAUACUGUCGCUGCUGCUGCUGAUGGUGAUGAUGGUGAUGGUGACAGAGAAAAGCGAUGGUCUCCCUUUGUUAUGAUUUUGAGUAGAGAGGAGUUAAUUACAUGGAGACUCGCCUGACAUGCCAAGGAAGGAGUUGCCACUACCUGAGGGUUGGGAGGAAGCCAGAGACUUUGAUGGCAAAGUGUAUUACAUUGACCACAUCAACCAGUGCACGAGCUGGAUCGACCCCAGAGACAGGCAGACGAAGCCUCUGACGUUUGCUGACUGUAUCGGGGAUGAGCUGCCGGUCGGCUGGGAGGAGGCGUACGACCCCGUCAUCGGAGCUUAUUAUGUCGACCACAACACCAAGAGCACCCAGCUGGAGGACCCGCGCGCUCAGUGGCAGCGGGAGCAGGAGGCCAUGCUGCGGGACUACCUGGCCGUGGCCCGGGAUGCCCUCAGUGCCCAGAAGGAGAUCUACCAGGUGAAGGAGCAGAGGCUCCGCCUGGCGCAGCAGGAGUACCGGCAGCUCAACGACGCGUGGAGGGACAAGUCGACGUCGCAGACCAGUCUGAAUUCUAGAUCCUCCUCCUCCAGCAAGUACGACCCAGAGAUCCUGAAAGCAGAAAUAGCCACAGCCAAAAGUCGGGUGAACAAGCUGAAGCGGGACCUGGCCUGUAUGAAGCAGGAGCUGCAAUACAAAGAACAAGGCUUUGAGACACUCAAAGAGAUUGACCAGAAGGUGUCCAACAGCCCGUAUGGCUACAAGCUGCAGGAGGCGCAGGCCAUCCUCAGCGAGGUCCGCUCCAUCCGAGACGCCAUCAGCUCUGGGGAGAAGGAGAAACAGGAACUCAUGCAGAAACUGGCUGUGUUGAAAGACAGUUUCCAGCUGGACUCGGGCUCGCAGCAGGAGCUGUGGGGCAGCAGUCCCUCGCUGGCCAGCUCCGAGCUGUCCAUCCCUCGCCUCUACUCCGACGCCGGCUCUCAGACCGACAUACCGGCUGAGUUCAUAACCAGCACCAACAAACUGGCAGAGAAGGUUCGUCUGAGUCUGAAGUAUGAGGAAGCCAAGAGAAGGAUCGCCACCAUCGAGGUGCAGAUUGCCAAACUGGACAGCGAGGCGUGGCCGGGGCUGCUGGACCCCGAGCGAGAUCGCCUCAUCCUCAUCAACGAGAAGGAGGAGCUGCUGAAGGAGCUGCAGUACGUCAGCCCCCGCCAGCGGCUGGAGCCCAACGACGCAGAGAAGCUGGAGUCUGAGAAGAAACGUCUGGAGAGAGACCUGCAGGCCGCCAGAGACAACCAGAGCAAGGCCCUGACAGAGAGGCUGCGACUUCACUGCAAAAGGAACAAACUGGUCAGAGAGCUGGAGGAGAUGGUGCGACUGGCAACAUCACUACACACUCAACUCAAAAGCCUGUCAGCCAGCACCCUGUCAUGCUCCUCUGGCAGCAGUCGAGGCUCUCUGACGUCCAGCCGUGGCUCUCUGGCCACCACCUCCAGCCUCGGCUCCACCUCCUCCCUCAGCUUCACCGAAAUCUACCUGGAGCAGCCGGAGCUGGCUGACCCGGACUUCCAGAACAAGCUGGACAGCCUCCUGCAGGAGGGGGGCCAGGGCGGCUACCGCCCCUCCAGCUCCAUCACCACCAUCCACGAACACGAAGUGGUGACGGGCUGCGGAGGGAGGGACGCUGGGAGGCCUGAGGGCAAAACAGGAGGGGCGGGGGGAGACAUGGGGUGCUCUGCUGGAGGAGGUGCGGGAGGAGGAGGUGGUGGUGGGGUGGAGUCUUCCAGGAUCCAGGCCCUCAGACUGUCAGAAACCCCUCGCUCCAUGAGCUCUUUAUCUCCACGGUCGUCUCUGUCCUCGCUGUCUCCGCCGUGCUCGCCGCUGGUCACGGACACUAGUUUCCUGUCUGGGGAGACAUUUGCGGGCCAGACGGGGCCCGGCGGAUUAGGCCUGGACCUGGAGCUCCACAGCAGGCUAGCCGAACUGGAGCUCAGCCUGGACUCUGAGGACCAGCGGCAGGAAGAGCGCGGGGGCCCAGGUGGGCUGGAGGAGAAGCAGAACCUCAACACCGCUCUGGGCGAGGAGGUCAAAGACUCAGCUCCCCAGCUGCGGGGGACGGGGGCAGGGCCAAAGAAGAUUGGCGUGACCUCGGCGGUGUCUGACGAAUCCGUGGCUGGUGACAGCGGAGUGUACGAACCCUCAGAGCGCAGGCCGGGCCUCCCUGCAGACCUCCUCCUGGGCUCCUACGAGGAGAGGCUGGCGCUGGGCUGCUCCCAGGUGCAACUCGGCUUCCGCUACGAGUCCAGAGACCAGCGCUUCACCAUUUACGUCACGCAGUUGUCCAACUGCAGCGCCCUCUGUUCGCCGGCGGACCAGAAGAUCUACGUGCGUUUGGCGGUGCUGCCCUGCGUGGAGGCCACGCGCUGCCUCUUCCGAACUCGCGGCUCCCUUCCUCAGGACGUCGUGGAGGUCAACGAGGUGUUCGGCAUGCAGAUAUCCCACAAUGCACUGCGGCAUAAGACCCUGAGGGUUGACAUCUGCAACACCAGCAAGUCGGGCCACGAGGAGUGUCUGGCGGGAGCGCAGAUCAGUCUGGCUGAUGUCGGCUGUUCGGAGGAGAGAUGCACCAAGUGGUACAACCUGCUGAGCCGCGCCUUCAUGUCCGAGAUCAGCAGCAAGGGCAAAGAGAGCAGAGCAGCAGGCGGCUCUGACAGGACUCGUGUCUCCAGCAGUGACACAGUGGGAGCUCCUGAGGAUGAUGAGUGGCACGGCGACCCGCUGGAGGCAGAUCUGUCUGAUGAUGAAGAAGGAAAUGGCGAGGAGGGAGUGGGAGCUCUGGAGGAAGAGGACGAGUUUUAUCCUGACAGCAGCCAAUGGGAAGCAGAAGAAGAAGAGGAGGAGGAGGUGGAGGUGGAGAAGGCAACUAAACCCCCUCCGUCAGCAGCAGCGAUCACAGAGAAGGUGAACAAGGAGACGAGUAUGGACGGAUUGUCGUCGUCCCACCACUGCUCCGUGGUUCGGCCCAAGGAGCGUCGGCCGGACGUCCACCAGCAGAAUCCCUUUAUGAGAGGGAACACCAUCAUCCGGUCCAAGACCUUCUCCCCUGGACCUCAGAGCCAGUACAUCUGCAGGAUUAACCGCAGCGACAGCGACAGCUCCACCCUGUCCAAGAAGUCUCCGUUCGUCAGAAACGCCUCUGAGAGACGCAGCAUGCGCAUGAAGAAGCCUCCUGUGCAGGUUAAAGGUCUGGACGGUCUCCUGCGGACAUUCCUGGACCUGGAGCUGGACCUGCAGGUGUCCCGGACUCGGCAGGCCCGGCUGGCGCAGGAGCUUCGGGUGCUGCGGGAGCUGAAGGCCCAGCUGGAGAAGGCGAGGCAGCAGGGCCAGAGAGAGCUGCCCGCCUGGGUCCAAGAGGACGAACGCUUCCGUCUCCUCCUCAAACAGGCUGAGAAACAGACCCGAGAGGAGCAGCUGCAGGAGAAGCGGGUGGAGAAGAUGAUGAGAGCAGCAGCCAAGGACGUCCACAAGAUCCGAGGCCAGAGCCGCAAAGAGGUCCCUGAGGUCCAGACCUUCAGAGAGAAGAUGGCGUUCUUCACACGAGCAAAGACCAGCAUCCCCGACCUGCCGGCUGACAACGUGUAGAGAAGCAUUUCAACACCCCCCGCCCCCCCGCUGCCGCCCCUCGCCCCGAGUCUUAACCUGCUGUUCCCACACAAAUGAAGCAAAGGUUUGGCGGUGUUAUGAAGAAUUUAAAAUAAUAAUAAUAAUAAUAAUAAUGAUAAUAAUAAUGAUAAUAAUGUUCAGUAGAAAAAAAAGUCAAAAUGGAGAGCUCAGCAUUUCUAAUGUGGGUAGUGUUCAUUUGUGAAUUCGCAGCACAGAGCUUUGUUCUUAUUCCACUCUCUCCCACUUUGUUUCUGCCGUGGUGUUUCUGUUACUAACAGGCUGUUUAUAGGCUUUUAGGUGUUUAAAAUCAUUCCAGCACAAAGUCACACGGCUGCACACGUGAGCACAAAGAGGUUUGUACUAAAAUGACAGAAAGGAUUUAUGUACAUUGGCAGCACAAGAUAAAAGCAAACGAUGGUACUAGACGAAAAUAAGCAACUUGAGCUGGUGAUGAAACAAAAAAAAAACAGCUGCUCUUAAGAGAUAUUUGUUAUCGACCUUCAAGUUAUGUGUUUUUGAGCAUUUUGAAAACUUUAUACGCAGAAAAACAUACAAGCACACACAGUUUUUUUUUUUUAAACUUUGUUUUUACUGUAAUUUCCUCUGCAGACACGAGUCGAAGACUCAUGAGACUUGUGAAUGUGGAUGUGAGAGCUCCUCAGUUCUCUGUCAGAGUCACUGCAGUUUGUGUUGGAAACGGUUUGGACAGUUUACUUAAGUUUAACAGGACGAGACGUGAAGACGAACUUUUAUUUCCUUCACCGUCUCCUGAAAGUUAGAAUCCUUAAGAUCGACACUUUUCCAGCAGCAGUUUACAGAAAGUUGUGAAGUUGGGGAAGAGAUUUCUGUCCUUUAAGGCUCGGACAGACAUGAGACUCUGCCGACUGACUCAUCCACAUCAGUAACUAUGACAACAAGACUGACGCCCUCUAAAUCUGGAGAGCAGACCCAGGACUCCAGUCUGGACCGGUCCUGCCUGGAGUCCUGGGUCCAUUCAGACGGAGACGCAGAGUGUGACCUGUGCAGGACAAAUGAAAUGUGUUGCUGCUCUUUAACUGGUGGAGCUUCAUGCUGUUGUCAGUGUUGCUCUUUUCACUUUUUUUCAAACCAGUUUAAUGAGUGUUUGCUGCCCCCUGGUGCCCGAUGCUACAAGCGUCACUUCCCACUGAACUCCAUCAUUAAAACGCACCUGCCUUUACCCCCAGUAAACACAGGUGACGUCAUAUUAAUGAGGACGGAGAUAUUAAGGAUUCUAACUUUCAUAUGUUAAAAAAUCAAACACCAACAGAAAGUGUGUUUUUGUGUAAAGUAAGUGGGUGGAUCCGCUGCAGCUGCUCCUGUGUGUUCAAAGCACAGGUGUUUGUAUAAAAGCAUCAUCAGCUCGUCCCCUGAUUCUUUCACCACGCGAGGACUGAGAGAGGAAAACCCGAGCCUGUCUGUGUUUGACUAACACCAAACGAACUGGAUCCGUUUUUACAGCAGGUCUGAGGCCGGACUCGUUUUAAGGUCUAACGUGAAAAGUCGUCAUGAUCUUCUCUCACCACACACACACACACACACACACACACACACACACACACACACACACACACACACCUGCACACACACUCCUCAAAGUGUAGAACCAGCACUAACACUCAGGUAGUUGAUCGGAUAGUCUGCACUUUAAGAUACUUGAGGUAAAAGUUUUUAAAAAAUGGAAAAAAGCGAAACUUGAUGUGGGUUUUUUGGAAGUUAAAAACAUGAAAUCCAGAGACCUUUGCCUCGCGCUGGAAUGAUCAUUGAUUGUCGAAGCACUCAAAGAUUGUCGAAACACACAGGAAGCGAAGAUGAAAUGUGUUUUUGAUGACUGUGAACUUCUUACUGAUUGUAUGAUUGUUGGAGUGGAAGUGACUAAAAACUCCCCAUUAUGAGAAAAGCUGGUUCAAAUGUUUUCUGCCCUGAUGAAAACUACAUUCGCUCAGUUUGUAUAGUUUGGUUUUUUUCCUCUGUUUCCUCUGAAACUGGAUUUUUUUUUGGACACAUAUCUGAGUCUCCUGUAACUGGACGCUCUGCAGCUGGAUCUGUAAACAGCUGAGUCGCUUUAACACGGUGCUCCAGCAACAGGGCUCAUAUCAUCUUCAUCAUCUGCUUCAUCAUGAUCAGGUCUUUAAAUCAAUAUUAUUCUUUCUUAAUCUGGAUCAUCUCUGUGUUAUUUCACUCUCGCUGCCUCACUGCAGGAAGGUGUUUGACUGUAGGAGCCAGAUGUUUCCCUCAGGAACGCUGCACUGAUUCAUCAGUGGGUCGGAAACAUGAAUGAAUGAUAAUGUUGCUCUGUAACUGCUGGAUGUGGAAACAUCUGUAAUAUGUCAUGUUACAGAUGAACCUGUUAAAAACUGGAUCUGACAUCAGGUUUAGUUUUUUUUUAAUCAGCUGUAAAGUUAAUAAUGAACUUUAUGUUCAGAUUUUUUCAUCCACAGGAGCAAGAAACAGAAUCCGUUUGUUUUAAUAUGAGCUGGAAAGGUUUAGUCCCUCUGUGUUUUUUUUUCUUCCUCUUAAAGUAAAUUCAGCGUCCGGCACAAAGAGGGAAUCUCCAAAGCUCUUCACCUUUUGCUGGCUCACCGUGUUAAACAGGUGUUUUGGGGACGCUGUGUUACGUCCACCACACGACACAAACGUCAUCUUUCCAUUCCCGGUGCAGCUGAGGAAAACCAGGCUGCUGCUGCUGCUGCCAUUCCAGAUGUGUGUCUUAUUUUACUGCUUGUUACACAGCAUCUCAUAAAUCAGUCUUUUUUUUUUUUUGUUUGUUUGUUUGUUUUCGUGUGUUUCAUCUGUUGCCUUUGGCUUGUUUAAGACCAACAGAGGAAUUUGAUUUUGACCGAUUUGUCUCCAAAAAGUCUCGUUUUCUGAGAAAUAAAUGCUGUAAAUGUUUGAAAUUCACGAAAAAAAAGACAGUCUCAACACUUUCAGGUAGCCGUAGGAAUAUUUUGCACAGAUGUCAAGUAAAAUAAUAAAUAUCCCACAUGAUAACACAUAAUAAUCAAACCACACUAUGACUCGUACUUUGUACUGAAAAGGAAAUGUAAAUGAUAAAGGUGAAACUUGAUGCUGUGAGGACGUCGACACUGAGGCUGCGUUCACGCUGCAGGAGCUAAAUGUUCAACAGUUUAUUAGACUGUGAUCAAUACACGAUAUCAGUCUGAACAGUUACAGAUCAAUACCAAAGAUUUUACACCUCUCCCUCUCCACAUUUUCUGUUUGUCUCUGUCAAAUAAACACGAAGACACCCAGAAAAUAAGAAGAAGAAAAGAAGUGAUCGUGUUUGUUAUUUGGCCAAAAUACAAAACUAAGUUCAGUGAGCAAAAGAAAAGUUGACAGUGUUCAGACUGACGUCGAGCUGCUGCAGAGGAAAGAGUCUCAGAAAAAAGUCUGAGUUCAUUCGUUUUUUUUCUGUUUCACAGUGUCGCGUGUGAAACAGAAGGAAACGCCUCGCGGGGUCACAUGAUCUCCUCCUGCAGUGUGAAAGCAGCGGCGUGCUCUGGCAGGGCCGAGGGUUGUACACUGUGAAAUGAAUGGAAGCCUGUGGAGCGAUGUGUGAAACGUGGAAACUGUCAUUACCCUGUUUCUUUUUUUUUUUUAAAUGUCUAAACUUCGCCGUCAUCUGAUCUGAGAGAAGCUGGAACUGUGGAGAAACGUUUGCGUUACUUUUCUAAUUGUAAACAGUUUGUUGUUUUUUGUUUUGUUUUCUUCCACUGUAGAGCGAGUAGGAGUAGGACUCUGUGUAGUCUGAGGAGCAGUACUGUCUGUUUUAAAGUCCACUGAACUUUGAUCGACCGAAUGUCGUUUGACCUUUAAAUAAAAAAAAACAAAACACUUGUUUAUAUAUAAACAACAUCUGGAUGAAGGAAUGUAGGUUGUUUUUGUUUUUGUUUUUGUUUUGUUUUGGUUUUUUUGCUGCGAGAAUCAGGAUCAUUCAGAGAAAAAACAAAUGCUGUUAGUCACAAGUGAUUCUUUUUUUCAUCAUGUAGGUUGUGAUAUAAAUCUUGUUUGUUUUUUGAAGUUCAACUGCAUUUUUUUCCUCGUUUGAUUAUUAUUUUUUUAUCCUAAUGAAUCUGUUUGUACUACGACUGGUGAUGAACCUGGUAAACGUGUAUGGAGGCGGCUUUGAGAAACAUACAGCAUGUAUUUAUUGCACUUUUGUGAUUUGGGUGUGCUUUUCCUGUUUUUCGUUUUUAUUGCGAGAGUCCCGAAAAGCUGUGAAUUUUAUUCUCAGACACUGUACUGUCGACCAGAGUUGUAAAUAUUUCACCAGCACAAAAAAAACAAACGAUAUGUUUUGUAGUUUCACAACAAAUAAAAAAAAAAAAGUUCUUCUCUUCUA